UCUCUGUACUUUUGUCUUGAAUAAUUGAAAGCGUGAAAAUGGCAUCUCAAGGAGUUCAGUUCAUUGGCAUUCUCACAGGAUUCUUGGGAUGGUUAGGAGUCGGGAUUGCGUGUGGCCUGCCUCAGUGGAGUGUAACAGCAUUUAUUGGUGCAAACAUUGUAACAGCGCAAAUAAUCUGGGAAGGAAUUUGGAUGACUUGUGCAGUUCAGAGCACCGGGCAAAUGCAAUGCAAGAUUUAUGACUCCAUGCUCGCACUCACGCCUGACCUGCAGGCUGCCAGAGCAAUGAUCAUCAUCUCCAUUUUGGCUGGUUUCAUUGGAUUUAUGAUGUCCAUUGCUGGUGCCAAGUGCACCAACUGCAUUGAGAAUUCACGAGCAAAAUCUAUAGCAUGCAUUGUGGCUGGAGUGUCUUUUAUAAUCGCAGGUUUGCUCUGUUUGAUCCCUGUAUGCUGGUCAGCCCAGAGAAUCAUCGCUGAUUUUUAUAAUCCUCUACUGGUGGAUGCACAGCGAAGGGAAUUGGGAACUUCCUUAGCUUUGGAAAUGGGGAGAAUUGGCAAGGAGGUCUCAGGCCAGGUACUAUGCAUGUUAGGGGUAAUCGGCUUGUGCGUGACGUGUGGCGUACCCAUAUGGCGUACAACCACCUACAUUGGCGCCAACAUCGUGACAGGACAGAUCAUCUGGGACGGCUUGUGGAUGAACUGUGUGAUGCAGAGUACAGGCCAGAUGCAGUGCAAGAUCCAGUCGUCCAUCAUGAGCCUGACGCAGGACCUGCAGGCCGCGCAAGCCCUCAUAGUCAUCGCAAUUGUGGUUGGUUUUGCUGGAGUGCUCAUGACUUUAAUUGGUGGACGAUGCACAACUUGCUUGAAGAAUGAGUCCUCCAUGGCCAAACUGGUCAUAUUAGGAGGUAUACUGUGUAUUGUCGCGGCUGUUCUGUGCCUUAUUCCUUGCUGCUGGUCUGCAGCAUACACAGUCUCCGAUUACGACAGUCCUCUCGUACCUACGACGAGGAAAAGGGAGAUAGGUCCUUGCAUAUACAUCGGCUGGGGCACUUCUUUUCUUCUUCUUCUCGGCGGCAUCAUUUUGUGUACUGCGUGUCCUCCAAAUGAUCUGAAUAACCCAAACACUUACCCCUACAAAGGACCUUACAUGGCACCACCUGGAUACUACAUGCCUCCAAAACCACAUCCACAGAGUGUUACAUAUUCUGGAACGUACGUUCCGGGUAAGACAUACGCAGCUCCACGAGUCUAUUCACCUGUUCCAAGGCAAUACCUCUAAGCAAACAAAUGUGGACUUUAAUUUUUACUUCUAUUUUAAAUCACUGCUCCUUGAUAUGUUUUUUCUUGAAUGAUAUGUGUGUCUCCAAAUGAAUGUUAGAACUAAAUUAAAUGUGUAUAAUAUUGCUGUGUUCAAACUGCUAAAAUGUUUUGUUGUCUUCGUUUCUAAACUUUGAUUAGGAAUCCUGUGUAAAGGAAAUUGUAUUAAUUAUUAUUCCCUUAUUAUUAAAUUUCCCUGAAUAUUUUUCUUUUUUAUGUAAAUCUCAGUGCUCAUAAAAAAAGCUUUGUUGCUUCUCAACAUCUACUUUAAGAAUGGUUAAAUAGCUCAUGUAUAAAGGCAUAUUUUUGAAGACUUUUCUCUUUAUAGCACUGUGAAAAAAAUAAUCAAGAAAUUGUUGUUUUGUACAGUAGAUAUGAGUUUUCAAUAUUUGUGUUUUUACUGUUACCUUUAAACACACUUCUCGUUGUUGAUAACCAAAAUAAAAAAAGGGUUGUCAUGGAGAAGUGUGCUUAUUCAGCUUUUCCUUGUAAAUAAACACAUUUCUUUUAUAAAAAUGCAUGAGUAUUUAUUUUU